CAUUGCUGAACAAAGCGCCAGGUUAUGUUUGCUUUGAAAUCAUCUUUAAAAAGAUAGUACUAGGUGGCUGUUUGCGAUGCCCACAUUCGUAAACUUCCUCACCUUAAAGAAAUUGUGACUUUGACUAAGUCUUUGAAAGGCCCUGAUGCCCCCUCUAAUAGGCUGUGAGCACGCGAUUAUCAACAGUUGGAUUCCAUAUUCUGUGGGAAGUUUGUCUACAAGAAACUAACGUCAAACGAGGACACUGAGAAACUGGCUACCGCAAAAGAAUUGUAGCCGUUGAGGAAAGACUUAUCGAAGACUGUUCACCCGAUUUCUGAAAAUCACUGAGCUUAUCUAUCUAACUGACUCUAGGGAAUAAUCUCAUCUGCGUGUAACGGCUAGCCAUCCUCAAUAUGUGCUUUAAACUAUCUCGUUUGAUGGAUUGUUCCGUCGUAAUGCUCGUGGGUUGUGCACUUUUGCUAUAUUUAAAAUCAGCCCAAGUUACUGAGGACAUUUGUUGGAAAUUUCUAUCACAUUGUAACCUACGUGCUUUUUCUAAUGAGCACCAAAUAACAGAGGAGAGUACACCAAAGACGGAAGGAAAAAGCCAUUUAGGUAUAAAGAAUAACUUGAACAGACCUUUGAAAGUUAAUGUGACGAACUUAGUUCUUAAAGAACUCCAAGGAGGAUUCUUUGCCGCAGUCCGUGAAGGCAAACAAAGAGACUCAUCUUUGGAUACUUCUGUCUGCGUUUCGGAGCCAACAGUCUUAGAGUGUUUAGAGGUUGGAUUUGCUGCCUUGCUUUUGGCCACCUUAGAUCAUGUGUCGUACUGUCGCAUGUUGGGAAUAGAUAAGGUGACCAUUCACUGGAAGAACUGUCAGUCGUGCUGUGCAAAGGAUCCUCAGGAAAAUUCCUGGUCAGCUUAUUUCGAGCCUUUAAACACUGGAGCUGAGCUAAACGCCAAGAAGGUUCUUUGUUUAGGAGGAAUUAUCGUAGGAAACGUCCUUGUACAGGAAUCUGCUAAGUUACCUUAUUUCAAUCAAGAAAAGAAGUCUCAAAGUAAUGGAAUCUUGAGAAGUUCUCUAUUAGAGGUUGGAUUUAGAAAACGUCAAAGUUUGCCUGGUUACGAGGAAGGUGCCGUUAUAACAGCAGAAUUAAGGAAAUGGGUCCAUGGUCUGAUAGGCGAAUAUGUUCGACCUCAGGAAAGUAUUCAGUCUCGUGUAAACCAGUUUUACAUGGAAUACAUGAACGGAUAUAACAUGCUAGGUGUCCACGUGCGCGGAACCGACCACAUGCUAGAGAUGGAAGAAAAGAAAUUACCUGCAAUGGAGAAGUGGAUUCAAGAUGCAGAAGCAGUAUUCAAAACCCUUGAACAGCCUAAGAAAAUAUUCUUGGCCAGUGACAAUAAUGAGAUUGUUCGCCGAUUUGUAGAAUAUUUUGAAAAGGAAAAGGUUGUAUACACCGCAGCUGUGAGAGCAGCCGAGUACCAGUCUACUAGACCAAUCAACGGUCAAGUAAACGGCAUCGAUGCAAUUGAAAGUGGGUCCCAGGUUCUCAUUGAUAUCUUACUCCUUGCCAAAUGCGGACAUUUUCUUCAUGCAGAGUCAAGUGUGGCGACUUUGGCGUCUUUUUUCAACCCACACAUGGAACUACACUUUUUGGGAAACGUUGGAGAUAACGGAACAUUCAAAGCGGGAAAGAGUAAUUUAACAAAAGCCCCUGAUCCUAAAACAAACUUUGAAGAUGAAAGGGAAUGGGAAAGCGGCUGGGAAGAACAGAUAGAGAGUCUUGCCUGGUGCUUCCAAACGAACAGUCCUUCCAGCGCAUGCCCAAACAUGGCUGCGGGCCAACUUAUUGACUCCAAGGAAGUCAGAACGUACUUUUCACAGUGAAAUAAACGGUUAUUUAAACAGCAGUGGUCAUAAUAUAAAUUUAGACUCACCUUGCCCCACUUACGAGGUAAACGGAAUAUGUUGCUCCACCCUUGGAGCAUGUCAAUUUCGCAAGAAACUGAAUUCGGCUGACAGCACGCUACUUUGAUUUCGCCGAAAACAAUCCUUUGUAAUUCCCUUUAAUUUUUGGACGAGUUUUAAUUCGAGUGCUUAUCUGCUUUAUUUAUUUUUCAAGAUCCCUUUCAAUUUGAAGGAUCUCGUACGUGCCAAAGAAGGAUUCUACGUUUCGUGACACCUUUUAACUUAGGCAUUUCCUGUUACACCUCACUUAACUACUUCGUCUCUCUAAUGAUCUUCAUUACCACUAAUUCGCCGGCUUUUUUCCGUUUGUGGAGUACCAAGUUGUUAUUUCGUACUGGAAGAGGAAAAGUUACGUUAAGGGAAAACACCAAACCACAAAGAAAGUAUAAGUUCCUCUAAAAAAAAUGAAUAACGAAAAGGAAUCCCGUCAUCAUGUAUUUUGGCCAGUAUUAUAUCAAAAGUUAGCAAAUACGACUUCAGCUUUAACGUUUCAACGUUAUAAAAACCUUUAACUUUCCAUGACUGACCAAAAUAGAAUUUCUCCUUACACCAUGAAGACAAUGUCAAGUGGACAAGUGAUGAGAAUAAAUAAUAUCGUUAUUUACCUACACUAAAAGAGUAGAAAUAACGUGCACAUCGAAUACAAACAUCUUGCGA